AUGGCAAACAUCGUUUACGUGCUCACGAGCAACAACCGCGGCAUCAGCCUCGGAAUAGUCAAAAAGCUACUCGCCCGUCCAGCAACAACGGUGUUUGUCAGUGUUCGGAAUGAAGCCGCCGCAGCGACCCUCACGACCAACACCGCCUCGAUUGAUAAUGGCGACGCUAUCCGACAAGCCUUUGCCGUUGCGACGGCGGGUACUAUAGACCGAGUCGAUGUCCUCGUCGACAAUGCGGCCAUGGUAUCACCGCUGACCCCGAGUAUCACUACCACCGCAGAGGAUCUCUGCACCUCGUUUGAAGUUAAUACGAUUUCCCCAUUACUUACCUUUCAAGGCCUUUGGCCUCUUAUGGACAAGCCACGCUCUGCGGGCGAGUGCCCGCCCAAGUUCAUAGCCAUCACUUCUUGCGUCGACUCGAUUGAGUGUUUGGAGCCGGUUCCGGCCGACUCCUACGGCCCGAGCAAGUCAGCGUUGAAUUGGAUCACAAACUGGCUACACCUCCAGCACAAUGAUAGCGGUCUCGUCAGCGUCGCUAUCCGCCCAGGGUGGGUUCAAACUGAUGCGGGGCGUUUCUCGGCCAAGUCCUGGGGCUAUAAGCCCGGCCUCCCAGAUACUAUCGAGGACAGCGCGGACGAAAUUCUCAAGGUUACAGAUAAGGCUACUCGAGAGACAGCCUCGGGGAAGUUCGUGUCGCAAACAGGCAAGGCUUUCCCGUGGUAA